UGCUCUAAAUCUUAUUCGCCUUUCACAUUAAGUCAUUGUGCAUUUACUCAAUGAUAUGAUGAUGUUUGUAAUUUUAUUUAUGCUUAAAGUUUGUGGUGUAGCAUUUCUCAUGAUGCUCAAACAAAAAGAUCUUUCAUUAUUAUUCCUUUGUUAGUAUCGGUUGAAGCGUACGUGGAGUAAUAUGGAAACCUCCAUUCAUGAUAUACAUCUUAUUGUAAAACAGUGACAUUUGAAAUAUGCAAAAAGAGACGUAUAUAAAUUGUGGCUGUUAAAUGAGCCUAUGUGAAACUGUAAUGAGUCAUCUGGUACUGUAAUUAGGAAUAGAUUUAUUUUCUCGUCCAUGUUUUAUUUUGCGAAUGCAAUUAAUUGAGGGGUCUUUUCAUCCAACACUACUAGAAAUUUUGUUUUAUGAAUCUUUUUGCCGAAUGUAACUUCAAAAUUUUGUGAGUUCAGACAGAGAUGAGCUUGUUAGGAGGGCUGGCUCAUCCAAAUAUUAUUAGGCUAUUGGGAUACUGCAAUGAUGAAAAGCAUGAGUACUUUCUUGUUUACGAGUACAUGGAGAACCGAAGUUUCGAUCACAUUUUAUUCACAACUGCCAAACCACUUUCAUGGGGAAUACGCCUUAUUGUUAUGAUAGGAGUUGCUCGUGGACUCACUUAUUUGCAUUCGUCAAAAAAUCAAGUCAUAUGGCGUGGUGUUAAAACCUCUAAUAUAUUGCUGGACCAGGAUUUUAAUGCAAAACUGUGGGAUUUUGGUUUAGCAAAAUUUGGUCCUAAAAUCGGGAAAACACAUUUUAGUACAGUGUUCAUGGAAGACUAUGUUUAUGUAGCCCCAGAAGAGUAUCUGCAGACGGGUUAUUUGACUGUGAAGAGUGACAUCUAUGGCUUUGGGGUGGUGUUACUGGAAACUUUAACAGGCCUGCGGAUGUUGGAUGGCCAUCGGCCCAAUGAGCAACACAGUUUGGUGGACUGGGCAAGUCAAAUCCUAGCAAAAAGAGAAACUCUGGAAGAAAUUAUGGAUCCACGCCUUCAACAAAAUUACCCGCUUGUAGCUGCUCUGAAAUACGCAGAACUCACGUUAAGAUGUCUUGCACACAAGCCGAAGGAUAGACCUUCAAGUGAAGAAGUAUUACAGGAUUUGGAACAAAUAUAUGACAUUAACAAAUAAUGGGAGGACAACUUCUUCAGGCACAACAAUACACGAAUGCUAUACAACACUUCAAUGUACAUGAAAUAUUACACUACAAAACAAAGGGGCUUCACCUACUGAUUUUCCCGGCAGAAAUUUCCGGCGGAUUACCAAUGGAUUCUACAGGUGGUGUUCAAUCCGCUUGUCACAUUUUCUCCGGCAGUGAUGCUUUUUCUGGCAGAUCACCGACGGAUUUGUGCGUCAGGAAAUCCUUUUGUAUUGUAGUGUUGUCACUUGAGGAAUUUAUGUGGUACAUAAAUGUAUGAACUUCUCUUUUGUUGGUUACGGAUUCCUUUUUUCUUUGUUUGAAA